UUAUAGCACAUGCGCAGAGCGCAGUCCCCUCACCUCUACUCCAUUCCUUACUUCCCCGACACCAAAUCCACAACGGUAAAUAAAUUUCAUUGUCUCUCACUUCCCUCUUCUCUCUUCUCGAUGUCAUCAUAAUUUAUAAACCUUUCUUCUCUAUUCAUCUCGGUCGAACGCAAAGCAAAAGGUGUGGGAAGUGGGAACCAUAUAAAAUAACUUAAUGUUGAACAACUUUCCAGAAAUUACUUGAUUGAAUCUAAUAACUUUCAAUCUCCUUUACUCCGUAUUUUUACUCUUAUCAUUUAUGCCCGAAAUGGAUGGAUCACUAAAAACCCCUCAAAUUUCCGAGUUGUUUCAGAAAUUUGCCUUUUCUUUCAAGUCUAAAGCUCUUGAAUUUUUCUCAGAUGAUUCUGAAAAAUACAAUCUUCUUGAUGAUUCUCCUCAAGAACCGAUCUUUGAUCAGAAAGUUGGUAUUAAGUCUGACCCACCUCAAGAACUUGCUCCUGUUACACAUAGAGGUAAAGUUUCUUCAAAUGCCCAAUUCAAUCAAACCCUAAUCACUUCAUUAUUUGCCACAGUUUCAUCUUUUGAAGCUUUUUAUCUUCAAUUGCAAACUGCCCAUGCGCCUAAAAUCGAUGAAGAAGUUUUAAAGAAUGCCGAUUUAUCUUUAGUUUCUCACCUUCAAACCCUUUCUGAUUUUAAACAGUUGUAUAAGAAUUACUAUCAAAAUCCCAACUUUAACAUUGAGUUCUCUACUGGGUCUUGUUUAGAAUUUCAAGUUAAUGAAAAUCAGCAUAAACUUAGGGCUUUGAAGACAGUAUUUAACCGUUUACAGUCUGAAAUCGAUGUUAAAGAUGAGGAGCUCUCCAGUUUAAGGCAAAAAUUGGAUGAAAUAAGGAAUGUGAAUUCGAGAUUGGCAAAGAAAUUGUCAUCUUGUUCUCCAAUCGAAAAGAGUAGUGAGGUUUUGUUGACAAUUGGAGUGUAUGACAAGAUGUUAAGUGAGGCUUUUAGUUUUUCCCAUAAGUUUACUAAGAUUUUGAUUGGUUUGAUGAAGAAGGCGCACUGGGAUUUGGAUUUGGUAGCGAAUUCUGUGUACAAUGGUGUUGAUUAUGUUAAGAAAGGACACAAUCGGUACGCGUUGCUGUCCUAUGUUUGUCUGCAAAUGUUUCAAGGGUUUGAUUUACAGGAUUUUGGGUUAGUUGAUAGUGACGGUGCUGUAAAUGGUCAUAUUUCUUCCUCAAAUGGUGAGCAGAAGGCUGCUUUAAUGAAGUUAAAGGAACACAUAUCCAGUGAUCCGAUUGAGAUAUUGAGGAACUAUUCAAAUUGUGAGUUUUCAAAGUUUUGUGAGAGGAAAUUCCAAGGACUUAUACAUCCCACAAUGGAAUCUACAAUUUUUAAGAACUUGGACAAGGAUGAAGUUAUGGUUAGUUCAUGGCAAUCAUUGGGUGUUUUCUAUGAGUUGUUUGUGAAGAUGGCAAGCUCGAUUUGGGCAUUGCAUAAGCUUGCGUUUUCCUUUAAUCCUCCGGUGGAUAUCUUUCAAGUGGAAAGAAAUGCUGAAUUUUCAAUGGUGUACAUGGAGGAUAUCACUAAGAGAUGCACAUAUCCUUGCAAAUCAAGGCCGAAAGUCGAAUUUACGGUGGUUCCUGGUUUUAAGAUUGGACAGACAAUUGUUCAGUCACAGGUUUAUCUAACGGGCUUGAAAUCCGAGAAGUGAGGCUGUUUUUUGCUUCGAUUAUGAAUGGGUCUCGAAUAAGUGCCUCAGUCAUUUUGGCUUUUAGAAUGAUCUUGUUGAGAUGAUCUUGAAAUGCUAAUUGUAGGUCGAAAAGAGAAUGUGUAGAAAAGCAGGAUUGGGCAUCGUCAAGAACCCGAACAACUGAAGGUUGUUAUUCCUUCUUAAAGAUUUCAUAAACAGACCAGUCUUGCAAAUAGAGUGUGUUAUGUACCAUGUAGGGAGGUUGUAUUUGAGAAUUAAUACGUAAUAGGGCUGUAUUAAAUCAUAAGAUAUACUGUUACUUAAAACUGUAUAUACAAAUCUUCCAUAUUAGUGCUUUGACUUGCUUAAAUGGUUUAUCUGAUGAUAGCUUCGGAUUACAGCUCAAAUGUUGUAAAUGGUUCCAUAAUACCUUCAUCCUAGUGAUUAUGCAGCAGAUUUCUUGCUAA